GAGCAGUCCGGUGUCCAUCGACAGCUCUUCUCCUCCUGAUAACCCUCAGCCGUUACGUUCUACAGGUAGCCCCAUCUCCUACAUCAGCAACCUUCAGAUCAAUCUUGCCUCUCCUAGCUCAGAACCUUCUUCAAUGGUCCCACCAGAUGAUGAAAGACAGUUCUACACCUUUGUGGUACUGCAUGCCGCAGAAGAUGAGCUGGUGGCUUGCCGGGUGAAGGAACGCUUGGAGGCCCUGGGUGUCUCCAACGGGGCCACCUUCAGCGAAGAUUUCCUCGUUCCCGGCUGUGGCCAACUCAGCUGUUUCCAGAAUGCCUUGGACAACUCGGCCUUCACGCUUGUGCUCCUGACCAAGAACUUCACGGGCCGCCUCUGUGACUAUCAACGCGACACGGCCUUGAUGGACUCCCUCACCCGCUGCUGCAAGAGGAACUCGGUCAUUCCGUUGGUGCCCAAAGAACAUGCUCUAAAAUCCGGGGUAAUGCCCCUCCUGCUCGCGUCGUUGGUGCCCUUGGUUGAAAAAUCUCCUGUGUUUGACAAAAGGGUGAAGAAGACCUUCACUUCCAGGGUGAUCCAGGAGAAAAAAGCUACCUGGGACUUCAUGAGACAGAUCCAGGAAAGAGAGGAGGAGAGAGAACGAGAGCGAGAAAACUUGAGGCUACAACAACGUCUCGCUGUCCUCAACCUUCAACCAUCACCAGCUCUACCACCGGUGGUGGACAUUUCAAGACCACCAACAUCCUUUAUGGAACCAGGGCCCGAUCAGGCUUCCUUCUCCCAACCAUUCAUGUUCUCGGUGGGUUCUCCAAACGCAAUGCCGGGUCCCCAACUCAUCAUUCAGAAUGCCCAAAUGAUUCAGAUUGGCGAUUAUAACCGCAUGCAGGUGGAAAGAAGCGACGCAGCGGUGGGCACGGCCAAUGAGACCACUAAGGGGCCACCCGUGGAGGAAGGAGAGGACAACCCUGGAGAACAAAAAUGA